CUAUGAAGUCGUCCCAUCUGUGAAGGGCACGGGUGUCCCUGCAGCCCAAGCACCUGGCUGUUUGCAGGUUAAAGGAAGAACCGGUGGCCAUCUCCUGGGAGAACUGACCCUCACCAAUGACUGACAGUAGCUGUGGAUAGAGAUACCCUGUCGGCGUGUGCCCACACCUACAUGGCUGUGCAGAGCAUUGAGUAGCCGCUAUUCAUGGUACUGGUCGAGAAAGGUGUCGAGAGCUUGGCCGGUUGGUUUUUAAAGCUAUGUAUCGACUGGGCUAAGUAAAGAAGCAGAAAAUUACCUUGGACGGAAGAACAGCAGACAGGGGAACCAGGUCUGAACGACACCCAGGAGCGGGCUGGGAGGAGCAUCAUUGCUGGGAGCUGGUUGAAGCCCUGUUGGGGUAGCGAAGAGAGGCAAUGUUGUAUGGGUUCAUGCCGGCCCCUCGUCCUCGAUCCCCUACUUGGCUCAUACUCUGUGCACCCCACUGAUGUCAACCUGCUAUCCUUUCAGCUAUGCUUGAGCAGUAGCAAGGCUGUCUGCCUUGUAGCCCUUACUCCAUUGGGUUUUACUCCUGCCUCAAGUAGCCACUGUGGUACUGGACAGGGUCUGAAUGACUGACAAUGUGCUACCCAGGGUGCUCCCUCUCAGCAUCCUUCACAGGCCUCAUGAAGCUCAGUCUCUGCUUCCUCUCUACCAAGAUGGCCUUGAAGUCUCUCAUCUUCAUGGCUGUCCUGAACGGCCAUUCCCUGCAGAAGUCCCUGGCUGCUGGUGAGAGCUACCAUAAGGAUGACGAUGGGCACCCAGUCAACACUGGCCUGAUCCAGUGUGGGGAGUACACCAACCAGAUCUUACCCAACGGCAAGUGCAAGAUUGUGGCUACCUUGCCCCAGGUGGACGAGCAGAGGUGCCCGGACAUGUUCCGCUGCACGGACGAGAUCUCGUACUGGCUCCACGAGAAUGAGGAGCGCAAGCAGCAGAUCCUGGAGCUGCGGGAGCUGAUCUCAGAGCUGCAGGAGGAACUGAGGAACCAUCGGCAUCGCAUCAAAGUCUUGGAGCUGCAGAAUGAGGAGAAGAACAGCCGAAACUCCACCGUGGAGCAGCGGGUCCAGGAUCUGGAGCAGCUCUACAAUGAGGCGAGCACCCUGCAGCACAUCCAAGCCACCUUGCUGUAUGACAUGCAGACCCAGAUCCACAACAUCUCCCUGAUGACCGAGUGGGCCCGGCACAACCCGGGCUGCCUCUUCCCUGCUGAAAUGAGGUCCCAGCAGGAGGGGCACCACCAAGCAGAGGUGCAGCACACCCGGAGCUGCCCCACUGACUGUGCUUCCAUUUACUACAGCGGGAUCAGGCGAUCUGGCGUCUACAGCAUCAUGCCUUCAGUCGGACGGAUGCCCUUAGAAGUGCUAUGCGAGAUGGACACAGAAGGUGGGGGUUGGACCAUCAUCCAGCGCCGGCAGGAUGGCUCAGUUAAUUUUAACCGGACCUGGAACGAGUACCGGGAUGGCUUCGGGGACCUGAACGGCGAGUUCUGGCUGGGCAACGCGAACAUCCACCGCAUGACGAGCCAGGGGGACUACUCGCUGCGCAUCGACAUGGAGGACUGGAGCAGCAAACACAAGCACGCCUUCUACCAGGUCUUCAGCAUUGAGGACGAGGUAAACUACUACCGCCUGCACGUGGACGGGUUCAGUGGGACGGUGGAGGACUCCUUCGCCUGGUACCACAAUAAAAGGAGCUUCAGCACCCCCGACUCUGGGAACAUCUGUGCAGAGAUUUCCCAUGGAGGGUGGUGGUAUCACCAGUGCUUCUUCUCCAACCUCAAUGGAGUGUACUACAAGGGGGGCAGAUACUAUAUGAAAAACCGCAAGAUCCUGGGGCCCGACGGGGUCGUGUGGUACACCUGGAAAGACACGGAUUACUACUCCCUGAAGAAGGUCACCAUGAUGAUCCGGCCUCGCACUUUCCGGCCACACUUCUCCCCAUGAGGAACCCGGGAGGUUUCUCUUCUCUCCUGAUUACAUGCUUUGGGAAGGGAGAAAUGCAAAGGGCUUCGAGAGACCAGUGGAUGCCAGAGACCAGUGUGGACCCAACACAUCACUCUGCCCUGCCUGCUUCUGCCUUCGGGGCAGUGAGAAGAGAAUAAAGACACCAGCGACAACACCGAAAGCAAAGGCCUUUCACAUGUGGUUCAGCCCCUGAAGUACCACAGCCGUAGGGGCUGGUCCCUGGUCAGUUGGCCCCUGAGAGGAGGCCAAAGACAGUAGCUCGUGGUCUGGGAGGACUCCCACCUUUGGGGGAAAUAGUGACGCUUCUUUUGUGUGAUGAUGUGACUUGAGGACCCUCAUCGCUGACGGGUGCUGGAUGUGGGGGGGGGCCGGGCUGGCUCACAUGCCAUGUCAUCAUUCAGCACAUACAGCUAGCAGAGACACCUUGCCCACGGUUAAGACUUUUCAAUGGGAUCUGCUGGGUUCGGUACCAAGACAGUCCUCUGUGCUCGGCAUCCACUCUCCUAACAGAGGCGUGAGUGUGCGUGAUGCUGAGGGUUCAUCAUUCACCCUAUGGAAAUGUGUCACACAGUACACACAUGGGCCGUAACACAUAACACAUGCACAAGUGCUUUCAACCCCUGGGGGAAGCUGCCCCUGCCGUCCCAUGGUACGGUUCGGUUUCCAGCUGUGGUUUAUUUGUGCAGAGAGGCACAUGGCCUGGACGAGCUGGAUGCUUCGGUGUUGCCCCUCCAUCUCAUAAUGUCAUCACGAUUCACACACGGACAUUACAUCACCGAGUUCGCUCAGAGCCGGGAGAAUU